CCGACGCGGGAAAGGAGGUUUUUCACUAAGCCUUUCUUUACUUUCGUUUAUGUUUUUGUUUCUCCUUUACUAAAAUAAGUUCUUUAAAUUCCAUAGAAAAAUAAUAUAAUGGACGAAAGCGAAAAAGCACAGAGCGAUCAAGAAGAAAUUGAGGAAGUGUCGAGUUCAAAAAAGGGCCUACUCAGUUCUGAUGAUUCCGACUCGGAGGAUGAAAUCGCACAAGAUCGGAGUAAAAAGAUGUCAGUUCUCAAAAAGAAAAGGGCGACAAUCGACAGCUCUGACUCAGAAUCUGAAGGGAAUGACAACCUUAAAGAAAAACUGAGCAAGGAUUUAUUCACAGAAUCGAGCGAUGACGAUGCAAAGCCACUUGAAACAAGCUUCGAGCAAAAUUGCGAGCCAAAGAAAGUAGAUAAAAGCGAAAAACGGGCCGGUCCUGGGAGAAAAUCAAAACAGAACGCUUUAGAGGAAAUAAGAAGCGAGACACAGCGUAUGAUCAGGGAGUCAAAAAUUUCUCUCCCAUAUCAUAGACCGAAGCAAAGGAGCCUUUCGGAUUUCCUGAACAGGAGGAAAUCAAUUCCUGGCAUUCCUCUUCGCAGUAGUUCUAAGGAAAUUACAAAAGUUUGGAAGCAAAUUGAAGAAAUGGAAAAAGAAGCUGAGUCAUUUUAUAUGUCUGAAAGUGACAAUGAAGAUGUCUCGAAUGAUAGUCCUGAUAAUCAGAAUAAAGAGGACAAGGAUGAGUGCGAUGUAACCAUUUCUGGUUUGACAUGCUCCACUGAAUCUCAUCAGAUGGCUGGUUCUGAAGAGUCCGCACAAAUGAAACACGCCGACAACAACUCUGGUUCAACCCAAAACGAUAAUUUAUCAGAACUCGACCUUCACCUCACGAUGACCGAAGAAUUCAAAAAUUCCGAACGACAGAAUGAAGAAAUCGAAACGAAUCAGUCACAAUCGACAUUGGAUGGAACCAUUCAGGAUGAAAAAGCACUGAAAGUGUCGAAUAAAAUUCAAGACGAGAGUGAAAAAAUGUUUUUGAAUGCUACUCUGAAUAAAAUUCCAAAAUUAAAUGGCACACCUGACGAAAUGAUAGAUUUAGAAGUAACAAAACCAAAACAAGGCGCUCUCGGGCUUUUGAAACGAUUCAUUAAGCACGCUUCUAUAAAAACUAAAAAAACCUUAAAAAAUGAUGUUACUCUCAACAUUGUGUCAAGUGAGAUAGAUGAAAAAGGCGAAAUUAUAAAUAUCAAAGAAGAGACUGUUAAAGUCAAAUCGGGUGAAAGUGCCAAGCCGGGGGAAAGCCUGGUUAAACUAAAAGCCACCCUGCAACAAAAAAUCGCCCUAUCGAGAGAAGAACAGCUCGCAAAAAAACACGAAGAAUUUAAACUAUACGAAGAAGAGAUCUAUGAAGGUGAGAAAGAUGUCUGUGAUCAGCUACCGAGUGAAGAUGAAGAAUUUGAAAUAGAAGAUUCCGAAGGAUGUUCGAGUUCUGACGAGGAUGAUGAAGACAAAGAAAAAGAGAAACUAUUUGCUGACAGUUUAGCUGAAGAAUCUGAUAAUGAGGUUGAUGGUGAUGAGUGUUCUCAAGUGGGAGAAAAUUCACAGGACACUGCUCUAGUGAGAGAUGAAGAAAGUAGCCGAUCUUCUGAGUCUGUAUCAUCCCAAAAUAAUUAUACAGAAGAAACUAUUAAAGUACCUACUUUACACGAAUUGAUGAAUGAAGAAUCUGUUGAUGACAAUUUACUUGCAUUGUGCUCUGGGAAAUUUUUCAGCCAACCCGUGAACUUGGCAGAUUUGGAAAAGGAUGAUAAAUUGAACUGUCCGAUCUCUGAAGACAUUGUGAGUUCGUCUAAUGAACUAAUUAAAGACAGAAACAACAUUACAUCUGAUGAUGAAGACGAUGACUUUGGUAUUUCGAAAAGCAAGAAAUGCAAAAAAUUAGUAUUUUCAGAUGAUGAAGAUAAUAUUAAUGAUGAUGAUAGCGAAAAAGUCGACGAGGAGAGUGACUCAGAUAACGGUGAUGAAGAAGUUGAAAAUGAUGGAAUUAAUGAAAUGGAUGAUGAGGAAGUAGAAGAUGAAGAAACUGAACUGGCGAGAAAAAUCAGUAAGGGGUAUUUAGACGGAGAAGCCGAGCUUUCAGAAUCGGAUUGGGACAGCGCAGAUGAAGACGAGAGAGGGUUGGAUAAUUUCGAAGCCGAGGAGGGCGACACGGACAAAAUCAACGAGCGAAAGCUCCAAAAAGAACUCGGAAAGAUUCACAUGAGAGAAAUAAUGGCCGAAGACAAACGUGAAAUUCGUUUGCUGCAAGAGCUGUUGUUGGAAGAUGGCGAUUUGCAUUCGGAUGGGCCUAAAAGAAAAAGGCUUUUCCGUUGGGCUAAUCAAGAUGAUGAUAAUGUAAACAUUAUCCGUGCUCUUGAUGAUGAUAAUGAACUCGAGGAAAAUGAAAAUCAUGAGGAUGAAGAAGCAUGGAGAAAGGAAAGGCUUGAAAGGGAAAAUUUCUUGAAGCAAAAAAAGAUUGAUAAUUUAAACAUCGUCAGUGAUGAUUCGAAUUUAAAUAUCAGUAAGGCAAGUGUUAAAAAUGUUUUGAAAACAAACGACUUCGCUUUGAAAUCUCCUGACCCAAAGAGCAAGUUUAAAUUAAUGACGAAUCGUGGGUCGUUUUUAACAAGGGGUGAGAAAAUAUUAUCAAGAAUCGCGACGAUGACAUCCGGCACUGUUGAAAACCCGUUGGCAAAUUCGAGAGGGCGGAAUAUGGUGUUCGCAAGGAUCUCGCCUUCAAAGGAAGCUCAAAAGAACAAUAACUUAACAAAGAGGAAAGGGGAAAAUUUAGAACCAAAAUUAUAUAAAAAAAUCAAAACAGAUCAAGUAAAAAAACCGAGCAUAUUCGACAAGUUAAAAAUGUCAGAUUAAUUUUUCCUUGUUUUAUGUUAUGACUUUUUAUGUUUAUGUCAUAGUUUAUUUAUUUCAUUUGAAAAUGUACAUUUGUAUUAUUACUGUAAAUAAAAGAUAAGUUUUGUUCAGACUGUUUGUAAA